AUGAACAAGAACAUCCAACUCUGGCCCAGACCCGAGACAAAAUGGUAUGAAACAGACAUAGACCCUCUACCUGUCGAGUAUGUGAUCCCCUGGUCCUACACAGACAUAGACCCUCUACCUGUCAAGUAUGUGAUCCCCUGGUCCUACACAGAAAUAGACCCUCUACCUGUCAAGUAUGUGAUCCCCUGGUCAUACACAGACAUAGACCCUCUACCUGUGAAGUAUGUGAUCCCCUGGUCCUACACAGACAUAGACCCUCUACCUGUCAAGUAUGUGAUCCCCUGGUCAUACACAGAAAUAGACCCUCUACCUGUCAAGUAUGUGAUCCCCUGGUCCUACACAGAAAUAGACCCUCUACCUGUCAAGUAUGUGAUCCCCUGGUCCUACACAGACAUAGACCCUCUACCUGUCAAGUAUGUGAUCCCCUGGUCCUACACAGACAUAGACCCUCUACCUGUCAAGUAUGUGAUCCCCUGGUCCUACACAGACAUAGACCCUCUACCUGUCAAGUAUGUGAUCCCCUGGUCCUACACAGACAUAGACCCUCUACCUGUCAAGUAUGUGAUCCCCUGGUCCUACACAGACAUAGACCCUCUACCUGUCAAGUAUGUGAUCCCCUGGUCCUACACAGACAUAGACCCUCUACCUGUCAAGUAUGUGAUCCCCUGGUCCUACACAGACAUAGACCCUCUACCUGUCAAGUAUGUGAUCCCCUGGUCCUACACAGACAUAGACCCUCUACCUGUCAAGUAUGUGAUCCCCUGGUCCUACACAGACAUAGACCCUCUACCUGUCAAGUAUGUGAUCCCCUGGUCCUACACAGACAUAGACCCUCUACCUGUCAAGUAUGUGAUCCCCUGGUCCUACACAGACAUAGACCCUCUACCUGUCAAGUAUGUGAUCCCCUGGUCCUACACAGACAUAGACCCUCUACCUGUCAAGUAUGUGAUCCCCUGGUCCUACACAGAAAUAGACCCUCUACCUGUCAAGUAUGUGAUCCCCUGGUCAUACACAGACAUAGACCCUCUACCUGUCAAGUAUGUGAUCCCCUGGUCCUACACAGACAUAGACCCUCUACCUGUCAAGUAUGUGAUCCCCUGGUCCUACACAGACAUAGACCCUCUACCUGUCAAGUAUGUGAUCCCCUGGUCCUACACAGACAUAGACCCUCUACCUGUCAAGUAUGUGAUCCCCUGGUCCUACACAGAAAUAGACCCUCUACCUGUCAAGUAUGUGAUCCCCUGGUCCUACACAGACAUAGACCCUCUACCUGUCAAGUAUGUGAUCCCCUGGUCCCACACAGACAUAGACCCCCUAUCUGUCGACUUUGUGGUCUCCCAUAAUAGUGAAACAUACAUGUUAGAAAAAUUCCAGUCUAAUGACUUCAGAUGCUUGUUAUCUACAUUGUCUUCAUAA